UAUAGCAAUCUUGAGGUUUGAUUGUUUAAAGUUGCGGUAGUCCUAGAUAGCCUUAAAACUUGAAACUUACAUUUAUCAUUAUAUUAGUCUUGAUAAAAAAUAACUUGGUUAUCUUUAAGUCAAAGGGACCAAACAAAAUAAAUCAUGUCACUAUCAAGAGAACCUCUAGAAGAAAGAUUAUGGUCAGGGAUUGUUACACGAAUACUAAUUAAUACUAUUUCACAUCCUAUUGAAUAUGCUAGAGUUUUAAUUCAAAUUGGUCAUGAGCCAAUAUUACCACGAGAAACUAGAACUUUAUUUGGUAAACCAGCUCUAGCUUUACCAAAUAUAUUCCAAUAUGUAAAACAUAUAAAAACCGUUGAUGGAUUUACUGGAUGUUAUCGUGGUUUCGUACCAAAGCUGUGUUCUUAUACUUUAAGUGCUGUUGCGAUGGAAAAAGUCUCAGAAUCUGUUCUAUUUACUGAGAUAUAUCCACAAGUCCAUAGUGAUAAUGAGGACAUUGAAGAACUUCCCGAUGAAAAAAGAAAAGCUGCUUAUCAACGAGAAUUGAUCAAAGAAAUAGUUACCAAGAUAGUUGGAAUUGUUGCUUGCCACCCUCUAGAUGUGGUGACUCUCAGGAUGAUGGCACAAUUCGUUGGUCGCGAAACUAAAUACAAUGGUGUCAUUCAAUCUUUCGUUGAAGUUUACAAAGAAAAUGGAAUAAUGGGAUACUACGCAGGACUAGUACCGAGAUUGAUAUCUCAUAUUUCUACACUCGCUCUUGUUAGUUAUUCAACAUAUUUUAUUAAUAAAUAUAUCAUUCAUGAUCGUGAGACUAAGAAGUAUACUUCAACAAUAAUGACAUUUCUCGCCUCAACCUUCACCUAUCCAUUGUUGGUUGUGUACAAUUGUAUGGCAAUAAAUAAUAGCGGAUUGGAAGCUGGAAUGCCUCCGAAUAUGCCAAUUUAUAUUUCUUGGACUGAUUGCUGGAGUCACUUAUCAUCAAUGAAUCAACUCAAACGAGGCAGUAGUUUACUAUGGCGUUAUUAUACUGGACCUCAAGUUGUAAUUAAUGGCAGACUGGUGGCACUCACUAAUAAACAAUUUUACUAUCACAAAUAAAUAAUGAUAAAAUAAGUAAUGAUUCUACUAAAACUAUUCGAAAGUGAUAUUAUUCAUCUCUGGUCAAAUGUUGAUAAAAAUAUUUUCUUCAUAUACAUAUUAAAAAAAGAAUGAUAUAGCUCACUUACAUUUUUUAAUGAUUUAUUUAAAUAAUUACACAUGUAUUGUUGAUUUGAAUUGUCAACGAAACUAAAUUGUACAUUCAUGAAAUGAAAAUUUAUUUAAUAAAUGUCUA